AUUUAGAUUUUAUAUUUAAUCACACAAUUUAAAAAAAUUUCAUAAAUACUUUAAAUGUGUUUUAUCAUGUUUUAACAAUACACAUAAUAAAUCAAUGAACUUUAUCAAAGUAAUGAAUGAUUGAAUUUAAAUAUUUUUUAAAAUUGUGUUAAAAGAAAUAGCAUCAUGUCAGAAGGAACAAAAAGUAUUCCUAUUAAUAUGUUAACGGCAGAAGAAUUGUUAGAAAAUAAAGGUUUGAAAUAUAAUGCAUGGAAUGAAUAUGAAAAAUCAGUUAAAACUCUUCCAAAGUCUGAAAUGAAACAAUUUGAACCAAAUAAUUCUUGGCUUCAAAAUAUGCAAAUUGAAAAGGGUAUUAUAACUAGAAAAAAUUUAAUAGCCAUAGAAAGAGUAGAUCGUAUUUCUCAAUUAGCUAGUGCAGAAUGGUUACCUGCACAAAAAAGGGCAAAAGUAAAAAAAUAUUCUGGUCAAGAUUGGAGUAGUUUUGGUUUGGAAAAAAGUGGUACCUUGUAUUUAAUACCAGAAGAAGCAUUAUUUCUUUUAGAAACUAAUUGUUUAGAACUUACAUGGAAUGAUGUAUCAUUAUCUAUUCAACAAGCUUAUGAACUUUUAAUUGAUAAUGUUGAAUGUUCAUUGGAAGAAUAUAGAGUUUAUAGUCAAUUGAUACGACAUGGUUAUCGUAUACAACGUUUUGUUUAUAAUUCAGAAAAGAAUGCAAAAAGUGAUGAAAAUUCUGGUAAAAAACGUAAAGUUAUUGUAGAACCUGAAAAUGGUCUUUGGAUGACUGAUAUUCAAGAACAAAAUAAAGAUUGUAUAAAUAUACAUAAUAGUAAAAAAUCUGUUAAUUAUACAAAAGAAACUGAUACAAAUAUUAACAAUUUUUCCAUAAAAAUUUGUCAAGAUACAACAGAAGAUAAAAAUAUAUUAAAUAGUGUCUAUGAAGUUAUAGAAAAUCUUCUUUGUUCAGUAGAAAAUAUUGAAACUCAAUCUAUAAAUUUUGAAUAUCAAAACAAUACAAAAAAAGAAAAAAAGUUGGAUACUAAUUUAAAUAUAAAUGAAGAUAAAAAGAAACAAAAAUCCAAAGUAGAAAUUAUAUCAGAUGAGACUUUAUUAAGUAAUAUCAGAAUUGUUACAAAUCAAAUGAAUGAUUAUAUUAAAAGAAAUAAUGUAUCAACAAAUUGGCGAGCAUCGCGUAUACAACGUAAUGUUAAAUUAGUACCUAGAAGAACAGAUAAAUUAUCAACUACUGAUAUUUUAGAUUCUAAUAUUAAAAAUUCUGAAUGUUAUUCAAAAAAACAUAAAUUUAAAAAAUCAAAACACGAGGUGAUAGAAUUAUCUGAUGAUGAAAUCCAAGAGAUACCAAAACCAAUUACACGAAUGGAUUUAUUAAAUUUAAUUCCAAAUAUUGCAUUUCAAUCAGUGAUUACAAUAAAAAUAUCAAGAGGUUACAUACCACAUAAUAUUAAACCUCUUAAAACAAUUUAUCAUUAUGAAAGUGAAAAAUUAAAAAAUUUACAACAAGUAGAUAAAAAAUUGCGAUCUGAUCAAAAUUUAAUAUAUAAUAAUGCAAAUAAUAAUGCAAUUCAAAAUGCACAUCAAUACAAUAUUUCUAUAAGUAACAACAGUAAUAAAAGAAAUAUAUUAGAUCAUAACUUAGAAACAAAUGUACGCAAUGUUAUCAUGCAAAAUUAUUUUUCUAUGCAACAUGAACACUAUACAAAUUUUAAUCCUAAUUUUAUAUAUAAUAAAUCGCCUUAUACAUAUAGUAGAAAUCUAUAUUGGCGAAAUGCGUAUCAAAAUGUAUUUGUUGCUCUUGAUAAUCAUAAUACAGCUGUUCAUCAUAACAGAUUUACAUCAAUGCAAAUGAAUAAUUUAUUAAUACCAAAUAUGAGUAAUAACGUAAUUAGAGAUUUUUUUACUCAAAACCAGUUUUAUCACAAUUAUCAUCAAAAUUUCUUACCAUUAAGAAAAUUAUAUCAUCAAAGAAUUAUAGAAAAUACAUCGAUACGCUGUAGCAUAGCUGGAAAUCUAUCAGUUUCAGAUUCAUGUCAGAGAAAUUGGUCACAAAAUCAUCAUAAAAAUACAAAUAUAAUAUCAAAUUCUAAUGAUGAAGUCUAUCAAUCAUCAUUUAAGAUAUUACCAGGAACAUCAUCAUGGUUAGAAUUAAAAACUAAAUGGCUUGAAAUAAAAACAAUCACUAUUGAAGAUGAAGAUAUAGGAAAGGAAGUAAUUGAAGAUUGCAAUGAAAUACAAGUAGUCAGACAAUUACGCAGUCCUCUUGUUGGAUCAAAAAAUGCAAAUAGUCUUGAAGAAGUUUUUAAUAAACUUAAAAUAAUUAAGUCUGCACCAGAAAAAAUUGUAAGAAAAAAGAAAAAUAAAUAUAAAAUUUCAUAUAAUGUUUAUUCUAAUACACAAACUUAUAGAAAAGCAAAUCCUGGUCUUCCACAUUAUAGAAUAAUUGUAAUAAGACAAGAUGAUUCAUUUAUACAACCAAUUGAAUUGCAUCGUUUAAUGCAAGAUGCAGAAAAUGUACCAAUAUUAUUGGCAUGUGUUUCUAUGUCAAUUUCAUAUAUUCAACCAGGAUAUAUAUCUAUACCUAAUUUAACAUAAUUAAAAUAAAAUAUUUCAAUAUGCAAUAUAUAAUUAGGUAAUAUUUAAUCUUUUUUUUCUAUUUAUUUUUAUAUAAAAUAAAAAUAAUUAAAAAAUAUAUUAUACAUACAAAACAAAA